AGCUCUACGCUCCUUUUUAGGUGUGCAAUCUCGUGAGAGACCUUCAUCAUUUCUAAUUAUUCUAUUCUUUUCUCCCCUAUAAGUGAAUGCUAGAAAAAUAAGUUUGAUAUUGUUAAUCAUUUAGGAUGUCAAGCCCUUUGCCUCUUCUUGUACAAUGGUUUUCCUUCUUCCUAAUAUUCUGUCAAAUCUUUCAUGCAUCUCGAGCUGAUUUAGGAACAGCAAGCCAGUAUAGCCCACCAUACACACCAAGUGCAUGUUUUGGGAGUGAGUCAACACAAUUCCCAUCAAGCAACUUCUUUGCAGCAGCUGGUGAAGGGAUAUGGGAUGAUGGAGCUGCCUGUGGAAGACAGUAUUUGAUCAGUUGCAUUAGCUCUGUUUUGCCCAAAGCUUGUAAACCAGGAGAAACUAUUCAGAUCAAGAUUGUUGAUCGGGCAAAAACACUAACUUCUACUCCAACAAAACGAGGAACCACAAUGGUCCUUUCUAAUUCUGCUCUUGCUGCAAUUGCUGAUUCAAAUGCCCCUUCUCUUAACAUCGAUUUUCGACAGGUAUAGAAGGAAAAACGAGUUUUUUUUUGAGGUACCGUUUGGACAACUUGGUUGAAGUUGGAAAAAGAAAACGAGUGUUUGAAGUUGAAAAGGUGCAUAUGGAAGAAAGAAAUUAUUUCUGGACAUGAACUGUGUUUGUUAAAAAAAAAAAAGGAGAGUAAAAACAUUGCGAGUAAAUCACCAUUUUAGUUGAAAUAGCCCCAAGUCUUUUAAAAAAUUGAAGUUGGAUCGAGAACCGAAACACAAAAACGAUCCUUGAUUUGUAAAUAUUAUUUCAUUAUUUGCUAACAAUUACUCUCUCUA